AUGUUUCCUAGGAAGUAUAGUUCUGGAAAUGAAAAGAGAAAGAAGAGGAUGAUAGUAGAACAAUUAAUUCAAUCUCAAUCGAGAGCACUUGAUAAAUAUUUUGGUACCAAGAAACAAGUAGAUAUUUUGGGUUCAAAUGACAAUGAUGAUGAAGAUUUGGUAAUUGAAGAGCCUACUCAUUGCGUGAGUAAUAAUGAGAAUGAUGAUUUGGUGAUUGAACAACCUAGUGAACAUGAGAAUGAAGAUUUGGAAAAUGUAGAAUCUAGUGAAAGUGAAGAUGUCAAUGUUGAAUGUGGACCUCUAAACAUUUAUGACCCUAGUAAUUGGGACAAGAUUGAUCAAAAUUUAAGGGAUUUACUAGUUGAAAGAGGUCCUAUAAGAGGUAAUGGUGUGAAUUUUCCCCUAGAUGACAAAGAUAGGCAUUUUUCUUCUACAUUUUACAUGCGACAGUUACAAAAUGGAGAGAAGCAGGAUAGAAAGUGGCUAGUAUAUUCAGAUGCUUCAGACAAAGUGUUUUGCUUUUGUUGCAAGUUGUUUAAGCAAGAUGGGAACAAUGUUCAUUUGGCUACUGAUGGAUUGAAAGAUUGGAAGAAUAUGGGCAACAGGCUUAGAAGUCAUGAAACUAGUAAUGAGCACUUUAUUUGCAUGAGCAAAUGGAUUGAAUUGGAAAGUAGAUUGAAGAAGAAUGAAAUAAUUGAUAGAAGUAUUCAAGAACAAAUCAACAAAGAGAGGGAACACCGGAGACAAGUGUUACUAAGGAUAAUUGCUAUUGUGAUCACUCUUGCUAAAAAUAAUUUAGCUUUUCGUGGAGACAAUGAGAAGACUUAUCAAGAAAGAAAUGGAAUCUUUUUAAGCUUAAUUGAAAUGCUUGCUAAAUUUGAUCCAGUAAUGCAAGAGCACAUUCAACGCAUUUAA